UACCUGUGCCCUCCAAUGAAACGCUCCCCUCCUUAGACAAAAGGGGGAUAACAGUUAGACCUGUUUGAUUAGUCCUGGUCCCAAGCCCCCCUCUCAGGGCUAAAUAAGUUCGGCAAACAAUCUCAGACCAGUCAUUCUCGCUGGUGGAUCUCCUCAAGGAAAGACUCAAGUUGUUACAAACUUUGAUCUGAUUUACAAUCUGGAAUCAAACUUGUGUUCUCCUAUCAGACAUUUCAAGAUUACUUUCUAAUUUAUGGAUAGUGUUUAUUGAACUUGAACUAUCAAUAUAGAGUCUACAUGGAUUUCCAACUAUACUUUUCCUCCCAGCUUUUGGAUAUGGAUGCUUGAAUCGGAUCAACCUGUUGAACGUACUACUGGAUGCUUUGGGAUUUAUUUGAUGUAUUGGACAUCUACCUGUGUUUGAGGUUGUUUUGCAUACAUGAUGUCAUCUUCGUAAAACUUCAUUUUGGAAUUUCUGCAUCCAAGUCAUCUUUCAGUUCAAACUUUGUGUCAAAGUAAAGCUUUUGUUUAAUCGACAAAUCAGAGGCAAAGACACUGAAGGACAUUUGUGUCCUCGUUCGAUCUAUCCCUGAACUAUUAUUGUAAGAAGGGAUUUCCCCAUUUGGAAAUCAACCAGGAUGAAUACAGCAGUGCAUCCCCACACCCCAAUGGAUGCAGCAGCAGUGCACCCCCACGGCCACUCCCCCAUGCAUCCAGCGAUGCACCCCCACCCUCCAAUGGGCGCAGCAAUGCGCCCCCACACAUCAAUGGGCGCAGCUGUGCACCCCCACACCCCAUCCUCUAACUCUCCCAUGCCCAUGGUAUACUAUGCACAGUGCCCUCCCGCUGGCCUAGACUACAUGCCAGAGAUGCAUGAAGCAAUGGAUUAUGUCACAAUGCAGCACCCACACAUGAUGGCAGCGCAGCAUCAGCUUCCACCAGGCUCUAUAUACCAACCACAGUUCGCCCCUCAGAACGGUCUUGAACCCUACCAGCAGGUCCCACCCGGAGGCCAGCCCCCAGCAGCCUACCCACCCGCCCCAGCCCCAGUACCUCAGCCCCAACCAGGAGAGCAACCGGUCGCGUUGCCGGGGUACUCACAACCGGGCGAAGUGCCUCCCGGAUACACGCAGACAGCGGAACAGUUCUCACAAGCACAGGCCGCAGCCGCAGCAGCACAAGCGGGAGCCGAACAGGCGGGCGCAACGUCACAACCUAACCUUCUUAGUCCUCAACCUGGCGAUGCACAAGCGUCAACGAGCCAACCCCAGCCUUCCGAAGUGGUCGGCCAAGCAGUAGCGGUAGCAGCAGGAAAGCCCGGUGAAUCCCCCAAAAGACUUCAUGUCUCAAAUAUUCCCUUCAGGUUUAGGGAUCCUGACCUCAGGCAAUUAUUUGGGGUAGGUCCGCAUGGACAGGCCUUUGGCACCAUUUUAGAUGUUGAAAUCAUCUUCAAUGAGCGGGGAAGCAAGGGGUUCGGUUUUGUUACGUUUCAAAGUAGUUCGGACGCCGACAGGGCACGCGAGAAAUUGAACGGCACUAUUGUUGAGGGGCGAAAAAUUGAGGUUAACAAUGCCACAGCUCGGGUCAUGACUAACAAAGUCAAAACAACCACUGCCAACGGUGAAUACCCCACAGCAGGUCUGGAACUCUUGACCACCAAUGCACUAAGGUCGCAGGUCAUAGGCAGAGGGCGUGCCGCAAGAGGGGCCUACGCAGCCUACCGUAUAGCAGCCCCUCCUCCGGUACCAGGCUACGCCACCGCCGCAGCCCUCUACCCCGCCGAACCAGCGGCUGCUGCCCUCUACCCGGCCGAUAGAUACCCGAGGGAAAAUAAUAAGACUGAUCUUCUCUUGCAGAGCGCUGCCGCAACGGCCGCAACAUACGGAGGCUACAUCAGCCGCUACGCCACCCCCACAGCCUACGCUAUCCCCUACGGCAGGGAGUACGCAGCCGACCCUUACCAUCACGCCAUCGGCCCAGCCACCGCAUACGGAGUAAGAUAUCCCUCUCUUACAAGGGCCAGUCUUUAUAGAGGUGCUUAUGCAAGGUACACACCUUACUAAGAGCAGCAGGCAACCAGUGGUAUUCCUUGAUGCAGCUAUUCAUCUUGUCUUAAACGAUGUUUACUGCAUCCAAAAUAACUGAACAUUUUUUUGAUUCAAGAAAGCAAGAACAAAGAGAGAAAGCAGAUGACCGUUUUUAUGAGCUUAAGAAAGUCGGAAGGAAAUUCUGAGACACGAUCUGUGGUUUAUAUGAAGCGUGCUAUAAGGGGGAAGGUGAUUGGAUAGGCACGAUGACAUCAAGAGGUGCCAAUUUGCUGAUCAGUACAUUUCUAUAGGGAUUGGCAAUAGGAGGAGUUCAACUCGAGUAGUGUUGGUACCAACUCAUCUGAUAUACGGCAUCUCAUCAAGCUCAAACGUUUGAAAGAAAAACAAACGGCUUUCAACUCUCAAUCCUUCCCGACGAAUACAGGGAAAGGGUUUAUUACAACUUGAUAUCUACUUCCAAUUGUUCUGACUUUAUUUUUCAUUUUGUAUUGUAUAAGUAUACAAUGUAUGAUACCUCUACAAUGUUUUUCUUUUCUUAAGAGGAUUGUAGGAAACUACUCUAUUCAGAUUAAAAUCUUUUAUUGAUGAAGGUUGGUAUACCAAGAUGUAUUUGGUAAUGUACUGAAAUUUCAUAGUUGCGGGACAAGUCUUGAAUACUUGAUCCCGCGAUGGAAGGUGUAAAUUCUACUCAAACAACUUUUUGCUCAUUCUCUCUCCCUCUCUCUCUCUUUAAUUCAUUUUCAAUUCAUGUGUGCUAUAGAGGGAUGUAUGUCUUGUGACAUAAAAUGCCUCAAUAUUUCUGCCAAAAGUAUCAAGUAGAGCCUAUCUCAUGGGUACAAACUAAUUCUCGCAAUGACGUUGUGGAGCAGAAAAUGGUCUUUUUGAAGAUUUUUUAAUCAUGCACCAAAGCAAUUGUCUCAUUUCUUUUGUGGAAAGACUUCUUUUAGUUCACAAAGAAGAACAAAAUUUACCAAAACAUAAGCUGAUGUGCUAAAAAUGAAGAGAAGAACCCAGAUUGGGAAACCCCCUAAAGCUGCAGUGGAGCAUGCCAUUACAACACAGAAUCUUGUCAUGAUAUGGGCUGUACCAUCACAGGAGAGGGGGAAACAGGUUUGUCGAGGGACAAAUGUCACUCAAAUUCUUCCAAACCCCCCUUGAAAGUAGCUAUAGGUGAAUCCAGAAUGAAUGCACUGCCUAAACAUUGGAAGAUUUCAAUAUAACUUGUGGUAGUCCAUCUUUAAUGGAAGUAGCUGUGAGAUAUGGUUGGCAUUACAAUAGGAAAGGGUCUUAAAGCAUGAUAUAGAUAUCAUGUUCGAUCCAAAAUGGACCAUUCCAUUUCAUCGGAAGGGAGUAGAUGUCGUACAUAAAUUGGCAUAACAAUGAAAAAGGGUUAAAAACACAUGAUAUUAAUGUCCAUGUUGUAUUGGAAUGUUCCAUUUCAUUGAAGGGUGGCUCUGAUAGAGAACGAUGGACAAAAGUUGAAGGAAAAAGGGGUUCGUUGAUGGUUUUCAUGCUAUAAAUGAAGAGAGGAGAGAAAAACAUGGUGCUACCAAUUCUGGUUGUGUGUUGGAUAUCACCUGCUGUUUAGGUGGUCUCUAGCUUUUAGAAGGAAUCUGUAUAUUUAUCUGUAGUUGUUAGAUAUCAUCUAGACAUUGUUUCAUAGAAAGGAAAAUUUUAAAGUUUAAGUAUACUGCUCUCUAACCUUGCCUCAGAAAUACAGGGGAGUCUGUCAUUUCUGUGUUUUCAUGAUUAUUAAUCAUUUAUGUUCAAACUUUUUCAGUAUUUUUACCUUUUAUGUUAAACUAUUUUGUGUUUGAGUUUCUAAAGCCAGUUCUGUUUUGGAGCCCACAUGUUGCUGAAGGAGGAGAUAUGGUUUUUGUCUUUAAUUUAUCUUGGCACUAGAUGGAAAAUUUGUACAGAUUUUCGUAGUUAGCUUGAAAUUCACUACGUAAGCUUUUAAAUGAUUUGUGUUAGUAAAUGAGCAGAAAUCAGACAUUGUUGAUUAUAAGUGUUUGCGACGCAAAAAAACUCUCUGGAAGUAGUGUGAGAGAGAGAGAGAGAGAGAGAGAGAGAGUGUGAGUAAAUUGGAAUGUCAGAAGCAAAAGCGUUCGUAAAUUUUACACUUGGGUCAACAACAAAAAAAGCUAAGGAAAUAGUGAUUCUUUUAACUUUAUAUUUAUUAUACCAUUCAUGACAUGAAUAUGAAAAAAAGAUCUAGCAAUCUAUUGUAUGUAUCAUAGAUUGUCACCGUGUUGAUUUUCGCAUUUUGGUGCAAUGUUUCUCUUGCAAAGUGCGUCUUAUAUAAGUUGUAACUUUCUUUUCCUUCUUCUAGCGAAAAAUGUCAGAUGUUGUCGGUUACCCUUGUAGAUUUCUAUCCUCUUUCUCUGGUUAGUGUGCUACUCAAUGUUAACCCAUGUAUUUUUGUCGUUGAUUGUGAAUGUAUUGAUAAAUGGCGAGGAGAAGAUUAUUGUUGUGUAAUAAGCAUUGGAAAUAUAAGUAUGUAAGUAACUAAGAAAGUGUCUUGAUGAAGAUUAACUGACUAUGAAUAUGCCAUGGAAUUGGACAAGCUUUACUGCCAAACUUGUAAAUUGUACACAAAGAAGAAUUACUUGUGAAAGACAAAGUAUUCUCUUCAUGAAUCACAUUUUUAUUUUGGCUCACAAAGCUAUCGGAAAGAAUAAUCCUAUGUAUCAGGGAUCUACAUCGGAAUUCAAAUUCAUAUUUUGAUAAGACAAAGCCAAACAAUUUGAACAAAAUACUACAUCACUUUCACUAUGGGACUACCUGUAUUUUAAAGGGAUUCUUGUUACCGAAACAGUAAGACAAUGAUUUUAUCCAAAGUAAUACAAUUUUGUGCUCCUUAUCAUCGUGCUCAAAUUAAGUGCAAAUUUAGACCAGCCAUCUUGCUGUGGUAAAAGAUAACAAGCGUUCAAUCUUUUUGCCACUUUCUGACAAUCAGGUUUAUUGAUAAACCAAAUCAGAUUCUGUCUUGAAGUUGUCUCGUUCAAUGUGGUAUUGCACUUUCCCGUGUUUAUAUGAUUCAAUGUACAUUAUUUUCAUUUUUUGCCAAUUUAAGUUAUUACUGUACAUUUGUGUACCUUGUCUUUGUGUUUACACCCAAGAGUUAUAUUAAUGUUACUGGUUUUCUUUGUUAUCUCCUCAAUUUAUUUUUUUUGUUAAUGUUUGGAAUACAAAUCAAAUUAUCUUGUAAAGCACUUUGGAGAACAGCUGCCAAAUCUUUGAUGUAUAAUCCAUAAGGAGGACAUUUCAUUACCAUCAUCAUCUUCAAAGCAACUCUCUGUGCCAGCUGUUUUUAUCAACUCCUAUGUUAUGUUUCAAAUCUCCUUUGUAGUUUCAAUCGUUAGUAAAGGCAAGAUACAAAAUAGGAAUUUUUAUGAUAGUGACUUUUAUCAUGUGUAUUAAGGACAGCUCUUCAUAAGAUAUAUAUUUUUUCAGUAAUGUUUCGUCGUUUGUGGAGACAAUCAAACCUUCAGGUGUUUUAUGUAUCUUAUUUAAGAACACUAUACAUGUUAGUUGAGGGGAAAAGGACAAAAAGGAAAAGUUGCAAUUUAUACUGAGCUGUUGUGUGCUUUUAAUACAAUGCUGUUUUUCUGAGUAAUGAUUCUAUAAAUGUAACAAAUUUUUGAUUGUAUAGUAUUUCAGGAGAUAACGUUUUUAUCUCAACGUGCAAAUAAGAAAACAGGCCCAUCGCCCCCAACAAGAUAACAGAAACUUGUCUUUUUUUAGCUUAUAGAAUUUAAAAUUAAAUUGACGCAAUUAAUUCUUCUUAUUAAAUAACAUGUCAAAUAAAAUUCUCAUCUGGAUUGUGUCAUACCAUUUUAACUUGUAUAGAAAACAGGGAUAUAAAAAUUUGAAUAGAUAAACUUUGGUGAAUCUACUGUAUCAAAAAUAUAAGUUAUUGCUCAGAAUAAUUAAGGUCAUUCAAUGCUUGAUUCUUUUUGUGUAUUUCACACAAAAUUUCAGGUAAUAUUGUAAAACUAAUAUUUCUCAUAUUUUGGACUGCCUCCUGUGUUUUGUGAAAGAGGCUGAAUUUUCAAGUGGAAUAGUUUUAUUUACAUAGUACAAAGCUGCAAGUACAAUGUACAAGGCAUUAAUUUGCAUGCCUUUUUUUCUCUCUCUCACAACACUUGUUAUUUUUAUCUUUUCGACAAUCAUUACAUUUUAAGGUGCCAUCUUAUUAUGUGUCAAAGGUUUUUAAAGAUGUUUUUUGUCAAUAGUCAAGCAUAUAUUCUUACUAAUUUAUAUUUAUGUUUCACUUGAUUUGUCGCCGCUGUGCAAGUGCGAUUCAUUCAUUAUUUUCAUGUUCUCAGCUCUAGUUCUGGGACUUGGUCAUCUUCAAUUUGCCAGUGUUUUACGGCACUUUUCACAACCUUUGAAUAGUCAGUUUUUUAUCCGACAUGUUUUCUUGUAGUAGACUCGAGUUUGUAGAAUUCUUUUUUUUUUGUCUAUUAAGUGUAGUAUAUUUUUCCCUCAUUCAUUCUCUUUUCUAGACAGUUGUUGAUUUAAAGAAGAGAUUCAUUGAAGAGAUGAAACUUUGGGGCAUCAAAUGCACAGAAGUAUUAUUGUAAAAUCUUAAUUACAAAAAAAAUAUUAAAAAUUGUACAGAUUCAACAAAAA